AAACCACAGUGCAUUUAGCCUUCACAGUACUUUACAGUCGCAGUCGGUGGGUCAGGAACAGCAGCAAUGUAUAUCAAGUUUUGCCGUAUUGUAGGAAGUGGAGGGAAUGACAAAUUACCAGAUGAGGCAAACGCAAAGUUUUCGGUUGAAGUGAAGAAGCAGCAAGGGAAAGACCUGCAGGUCCUGGGGAACGUCGGUCUGUACCGCACAGUGUGUUUACUACUGUCUGUCAUCUGUCUGGUUCUACUGCUCGUCAUCAUCAUCCUCUGUGUCAAAUUUCCAUUCCAGCCUCAAGUCUGUCAUGGGACUGAAAAAGGGGUUGAGGCUAAAGAGAAGGGGAGUGUGACUGAAAAAGGGAUUGAGGCUAAAGAGGAGAGGUUCCAGUCCACUGAGGUGUGCAGCCUGCAGACAUGCCAAGCACAAUACUUCCAACAACAGAGCCAGGUCCCUGCCUGCCACAUGUGUGAUGAAGGCUGGCUGCACUUUGAGAGCUCCUGCUACUUCCUCUCCAGAGACAGAAUGAACUGGGACGAGAGCAGGGACGAGUGUAAGAAGAGAGGGGCAGAUCUGGCUGUCAUAACAAACAAAACAGUGCAGACCUUUCUAACGAAGAAGGGAAACCUGAUGUACUGGAUCGGCCUGAGACAGAGAACCAGGAACUGGGUUUGGGUCAACAACACUGCACUGGGACAGAGUUACUGGUCAGGAUCCAACAGACAAGGGGAUUGUGGGUUACUGACAGGAAGGGAUCCUCCUGAGAGAAGCUGGAGCUCCACAUCAUGUGACCAGUACAGCUUUUACAUCUGCCAGAGGGGGCGCUAAAGGACAGACUUCACCAUCUGCCAGCAGUCACCAACCCUGGUCCUGGAGAGCUAUACGAUGUACAGGCUUUUGUUCCAGCCCAGCAGUAAGACACAUGAUUUAGCUAGUCAAUGAAUCACCUUGAUUAGCUGAAUCAUUUAAGUGUUGUACACCAUGUAGGUCAGCAGGGUUAGUGGCCACUGCCAUAUUCCAACUAAGAAACCUGUCAAUACGGAUUCUCUUUAGACUUCUAUCAUUCAGUCCUAUACCAUAGCCUAUCAUUCAGUCCUAUUCCAUUCAGGCUAUUCCAUAGCCUUUUAUCCCAUGAUUACACAUCUCUAUCAACAGCCUUUUAAACCUUGAUUAUACACUGUAUGACCUAAGUCUAUGUCAUAAUUCAUUAGACAUCCAGGUAUAACCAAUGAUGGUAAAUAUAAUCACAUUACAGUUAGUUAUGCCUUGUGAAGAACAAUCAAGUCAGCCUGCCAGUUUCAGUUAGAGUCUGCACUAAAUGUAAAAGAUUAACACUGUAUAUUGCACUCCUUUGCUUGUUCUGCUGAGAUGUUUUCUAUAUGUGUUCUCAAUGCCUUUGAAUGUGAUAAUGACCGACAUGAUUAUGUGCAUUAACCAAUCAUUAGGUUUUAAGUACUGAUUCACAAUCCUGAAAGAAACAAAUGUUUAAUAUCAUUUGUCCAUGUAAUAAAGAAUCAGUUAUUA